AUGAAUGCAAACAGUUUUUGGGGUACGAUCGAUCAGCUGUUGGGGCGCGAAGCACAGAAGCAGAGCGGGCAGGAUUCGCUAAAGGUUGCCGGAUGGCUUUCGGCUUAUGCCGGGGUGCGCAAAGCGACCGGUACGGGUGACGAUGCCGCAAACUAUGGUAGUGACGGGUUCAGCGGCCUCCCUGGCAGAACUUCCAGUUUGCCAUCGAUUUUCCCGAGCGGCAAUCAGCUGAUUCACUCCGACCAGGACGGUGGUUUUAACGGGGAUGCAACUGGCAACGGGGGUGCCAAUGCCGGUAACGCGACGGUCGGACGUAAUGGAGGAAGUCGCAAAAAGGUUCGCUUCCGUAAAUCAAAGCUUCGCCAACUGUACGACGUGGAAGUGCUACCGGUCGAGUACUUGGGGCCAAAGAUUGAAUACAGUGUGAACCUGCCCCGAGUAACCGCGCAACUGGAGAAGUUGAUGGGAACGAAUGUGGUCCGGCUGACGGAUCGCAAAUAUAUGCAGGAGCUGCAGCGUCGCAUCCAGGAAGACUACAAUGUCACGCUGGAGAAGCGGAUCAGCGAGCGAGAGCACCGAGAAUGGCAGCGACAGAAGCAACUAAUCCUGGACGGCAAGUAUGGUCUCGAAAACUGUCCUCGGUCUUUGAUUCCUCUGCACAGUAUCGUGCUGGCGAAGGAAAUCGAGCGUGAGCGUAACCUGAUCCUGUCCGGAGCGGGCGAUAGCAUACCGGAGGAGAUGACCAGCUCGGUGUUUCUGGUGAAUCAGAAAACGAACGUCAACAUUCUGAACAAGCGGGAAAAGUUGAAAACGAUCCGUGAGAAAAAUGCUGAACGAUUGAUCAAACAGGGUCACCGCUGGGAACGGGAGCGCCUGCAGAUGGAGGAACAGAGCCGGGAGCGGGAAAUUGAGCGACGCACCAAACGGGAGGCACUGCUCGAGGAGGAGAAGCUGUACAUGAUCGAGGAAAACGAUCGUUCGCUGAAUCUGCUUCGAAUGAAGACGAAGAAGGGCCCUUGCCGCGAUAUGAACCUGCGCUCGAUGUUGAUGCUGCAGCGCGAAGAACUCGGCCGAACGAUUCAGAAGCGUGACUUCGACAUGAAGGACGAACGGACCGGGAUGGGCAUGGAGAUGGAAGGCGGAAAGGGUGAUCGGCGGCGCCAGCGAAGGGGCAUGCGAAAGCAACGGCAGAUGCAGCGCCAGAGUGAAGUGAACGAGUACCAGGAGUCUUCCUCGCCCGAGGAGGGCUACAUCUCCAUGAACAAUGCCGACUCGCCCGAAGAUCUGGAGACAUCGAUCGCGAUCAAGGUUGCGAAGCGGGCGAGUAAAGAUUCGGGCGAUGAAUCGGAAGCCGAACAGGACUCGGACCAAGCCGCGCCGGAGAGUGGUGCAGAGUCGAAAAAGGAUACAGAGGAGCCUGAGGAUGGAGCAUCGGAAAGGGAAGCUCUGGCAGAGUUGGAACAGCAAGAGGCCACCGAAGCGGAGCUGGAAGCGGCCGAGGAAGCGCGACUCCGCGAGGAGCUGGACAAGACGCUGAUGGAGAAAAAGAAGGCGCGUCAGGUGCGGAACGAAGAUCCCAAAAUAACCAAACUUAAGGAUGCUGAUACUGUGGCAGAUAUUUAUAAUGUUGCCGAUGAAAUCAUCGUGCUGGAGAAGAAGAAAACGAAGAAAGGAUUCGGGAAGUAA